AUAAUACAUAUUGCAAAAUGAAAAGAAACAAGGAAACUGCAUACAUAAUGCAUGUGAUUUAAAGUUAAGUUGACAUCCUAUGACUCUGGUUGUGCAUGACUAUUGGUUUGUUCCCUGACAGGAGGUCAAAGAUGAACUGGGGUUUUCUGGAGAAUGUCCUCAGUGGGGUCAACAAGUACUCCACUGGAAUUGGGCGAAUCUGGCUCUCUGUGGUCUUCCUCUUCAGGAUCUUGGUGUAUGUGGCAGCAGCUGAGCAGGUGUGGAAGGACGAGCAGAAGGAUUUUGUUUGUAACACACAGCAGCCCGGCUGUGAGAACGCCUGCUUCGACCACUUCUUCCCUAUUUCGCAGGUACGUCUCUGGGCUCUGCAGCUCAUCAUGGUGUCAACCCCUUCGCUACUAGUAGCCCUUCAUGUGGGUUACCGGGAGUACCGGGAGGCUAAACACAAGCGAAAACUGUACCAGGACAAGGGGCGCAUCGAUGGAGGUCUUUUCUGCACCUACACUGUGAGCCUCAUCUUCAAGACAGCCUUUGAGGUGGGCUCCCUGCUGGCUUUCUACUUUCUCUAUAAUGGCUUUGAGGUUCCGAUGCUGCUGCAGUGCAGCCAGAGCCCGUGCCCCAACACAGUGGACUGUUUCAUUGCCAAAGCCACAGAGAAGAAGAUCUUCCUCUACAUCAUGGGUUGCACUUCCGUACUAUGCAUUGUUCUGAACUUCACUGAGCUCAUGUACAUUGUGUGGAAACAGCUUUGGAAAUGUUUAACGAGGAAGUAUAUUCCCAUGGAAAAGAAGAUGUUCAGCCACAGCCAGCCAUCUGUUUCCAUUGUCAACAAGUCUGCCUCAAAUGAACCCACAGCAAACACAGAGGUGUGUAUGACACAGCCAGCAGCUGCUCAGGAAAACCUGCCUGACCAGUCCUAG